AUGAGCCUGGAGGCAGCCAAGAGCUUCGAGCAGCUCCUUCUUCCAGAGGGCAUCAUCCUGAAAGGGCCCUUCCUCACCAGAGCUGAAGCAGGAGCAUGUGCUGUGCUGCUGCGUGCCAGGUGGUACCUCCAGCACCUGUACAGCACCUGGGAGCCCGAGGAGAACAUCCUGGACUCCCGCCUCAUCGCCGCCUUCGAGCAGAAGGAACGAGAGCGUGAGCUGUACGGGCCCAAGAAGAGAGGACCUAAGCCCAAAACUUUUCUCCUGAAGGCUCGGGCCCAGGCCGAGGCCCUCCACAUUGGGGAUGUACACUUUUCUGUCAAGCCUGGUUCCAGCACCUCCUCUCCCAAGCUCCACUCCAGCGCCGCGGUGCACCGGCUCAAGAAAGACAUCCGGCGCUGCCACCGCAUGUCGCGGCGCCCCUUGCCCCGCCCAGACCCCCAGAACGGCGGGAGCGUGGGCGGCGGGGCUGGCAUCCGUCCUCCCGUCUCACCCUUCUCGGAGACCGUCCGCAUCAUCAACCGCAAGGUGAAGCCCCGUGAGCCCAAGCGCAGCCGCAUCAUCCUCAACCUCAAGCAGGAGCUGCCAGCCCGCACCAAUGGCUCGGUGCCCACUGCCCCGGCACUCGCCCGCGAUGCUCUCCACACCAAGAUGGAGCAGCUGGAGGAGCAGCUCCUCUCCAAGAUCCUGACCCUGCAGAAGGAGCGCCAGGCUGCCAGCACAGACCACAGCCAGCAGCAGCACAACAUUGAGAAGGAGCUGAACUCCCUCCAGAACCGGGUGAUGGAGCUGGAGCAUGGUGAGUCCUGCUACAGCCCUCCCGAUGCCUUCAAGGUGACCAUCCCAGUGCAGAACAACUACAUGUAUGCCCGCAUGAAGAAGAGCCUGCCGGAGCUCUAUGCCUUCACCAUCUGCAUGUGGCUGAAGUCCAAGGCCACCACAGGACUUGGCACCCCUUUCUCCUACUCUGUCCCAAGCCAAGCUAAUGAGAUCGUGCUCCUGGAGUGGGGAACCAACCCCCUGGAGCUGCUCAUCAAUGAUAAGGUUGCCCAGCUGCCACUGAGCCUGAAGGACAAGGCCUGGCACCACGUCUGUGUGGCAUGGACCACCCGGGAUGGCAAGUGGUCGGCGUACCAGGACGGCGAGCAGCGGGGCGCUGGGGAGAACCUGGCCUCCUGGCAUGCCAUCAAGCCCCAGGGCAUCAUCAUCCUGGGCCAGGAGCAGGACACGCUGGGCGGCCGCUUUGACGCCACACAGGCCUUCGUGGGGGAGCUGGCACAGUUCAGCGUGUGGGACCACAUGCUGGCACCAGUGGAGAUCCUGAGCUUGGCCAACUGCACCUCCCACCUCCAAGGCAACGUGAUCCAAUGGGAUGACCAGGCAGUGGAAGUCUUCGGGGGUGCCAGCAAGGGGGGCUUCACUGCCUGCGAGGAAGGGAGGAAGGCGUGA